UUCAGACACAGACACAGACACACAGACCUCUGCUUCUGCCAUGGAGUGUGUGAGAGGUGAGACGUUGGAGAUGCCGGCUCUGGGCCGUCCCUUUAAACUGGGCAUGUUGUACGACGCCAGAGCAGACAAACUGGUGCCAGGCAUGACGCUGUGGGACCAUGAGAAGCUGCAGCAGGACAUGACAGAGACGCUGAAGCCCAACAGUGAGUUUGAGAUGUUGGCGUCAGACUCCAUUUCAGAUAAGUCCAGUUCUCUGGGUGUGGACGCCUCACUCAAGGCCAGUUUCUUUAGUGGCCUCAUCGCGGUCGAUGGCUCUGCUAAAUACCUGAAGGACACAAAGACCUCCAAACAGCAGGCCAGAGUCACUCUGCAGUACAAAACCACCACAUGCUUCAGAGCGCUGACCAUGAACCAGCUUGGAGCAGGAAACAUCAUGCACCCAGACGUGUUUGAGAAGGGGCUGGCCACACACGUUGUCACUGCCAUUCUGUACGGCGCUCAGGCCUUCUUUGUGUUCGACCGAGAGGUGUCUGACUCUGAGAACCUCCAAGACGUUCAGGGAAAGCUCCAGGUGAUCAUUAAGAAGAUCCCCUGCAUCUCCAUCGAGGGGGAAGGAGCUCUGAAGAUGGAGGACAAGGACAAAGAAAAGGUCCAGAAAUUUUCCUGCAAAUUCCACGGAGACUUCAGCCUGAGUCAGAACCCGGUCACGUUUGAAGACGCCAUGAAGGUUUACCAGGAUCUGCCCAAACUGCUUGGCCCAAACGGAGAGAAGGCGGUGCCGGUGAAAGUGUGGCUACUGCCCCUCACCUCGCUGGACUCUGCAGCAGCUCGCCUGGUGCGGCAGGUCAGUGUGGGGUUGGUGUUUGAGGUGGAGAGGACUCUGGAGCACUUAGAGGACUUGGACAUGAGGUGUCGAGAUGUUUUGAACAGCACAGAGUUAAAGCAGUUUCCUCAGAUAGUCACGAAGAUCAGAACCUUCAUGGGCUUGUGCUCCGAGUUUAAGCUGGGACUGCAGGGCGUUCUGGCUCAGAAGCUGCCGUCGAUCCGCGGAGGAGGAGAGGAGGAGGCGGAGCUCGCCGAGAUACUCAGGAAAAGAGCUGCAUCUCCGUUCAGUCACGACUGUCUGAACCAGUGGGUGAGGUGCAAAGUCAAAGAGGCCAAACUCAUCAAAACCUUCUGUCACCUGAUGAAGAACACAGAGGUCCUCUCCUCUCAGGAUGACCUGGACGACAGGUCCAGUAAUGUGAAGAACACUGUGUGCUUUGUCUUCACCUCCCUGGAGACUGAGGAGCCCUAUCUCUCUGCCUUAAGUCAGUACUUAAAGGGCUCAGAACAGCUCAGCCCUCGGCCCAAAGACCUGGAGAUGGAGCAGUGGUACAGCGACAAAGACGUCCGAGAGGCCGUGAGGACCAAGGCCAAGCUCUUUGGAGAUUUUGCUGAGGCCAACAGUGACAAUCAGGAUGUUAAGUUUCUGGCAGUGGCUUUUAAGGAUGAGACCCAUAAAGGUUCAACCAUCUACCAUUACGAAGAAGGAUUUGAAGUCAGUGAUAACUUUGAGCCCCCUUCAAAGCCUGAGAACAUCAGUGUGGACGAUGUAACCCACAACAGUUUGACUCUGCACUUCAGCGCCCCCACAUGGGGGGCAGAGACGGUGACGGGCUACAGGCUGGAGUACAGCGAUGGAGGAGAGUGGCAGCUGUCUGAGGCUCAGACAGGGGUUAGUCAAAGUGAGCGCCCUGAGCGCAGACACAGAGUACAGUUUCAGACUGAGAGCCGUCACUGCAGUGGGUCUGGGACCGGCCGCAGAACUCAAGUCCAUAAAAACGGCUCCUGAACCCGAGGGCCCCAAACGCCUCACGGAGGAGCUGAAGAAAACCUGUGAAGUCAUAGAAACCAAAGGAUCUCUGCAGAUACUGAAGCUUCCACUGACCAGAGAUAGUAUAGAAAUCCCAGGCUGCCAGCGGUUCAUCUACGGCACCGACUUCCCCGGGAAGAGUAACUGCACCAUAAUGCUGAUGGGCGCCACGGGAGCGGGCAAGUCCACCCUCAUCAACGGUAUGAUCAACUACAUCCUGGGCGUGCAGUGGACUGACCCCUACAGGUUCAAGCUGGUAGUGGAGGAGGAGAAGUCACAGGCUCAGAGUCAGACAUCGGAGGUGACGGUUUAUAAAAUCAACUUUGACCACGGCUUCAUGAUCGACUAUUCUCUGACCAUCAUCGACACACCGGGCUUUGGAGACACUCGAGGCAUCAAGCGAGACCAACAGAUCACAGAGCAGAUCCGAAAACUCUUCUCCAACAACUUUGGGGUGAACGACAUUCACGCCGUGUGCUUCGUAGCUCAAUCUGCUCUUCCUCGCCUCAGCGCCACUCAGCGCUACGUGUUCGACUCCAUCCUCUCCAUCUUUGGGAAUGACGUGGCCGAGAACAUCCGGGUUCUGGUGACUUUCGCAGACGGACAGCUGCCUCCGGUUCUAGAGGCCAUCACAGUGGCAGGAGUCCCGUGCCCCAAAACCGAUGACGGAAAACCCGCGCACUACAAGUUCAACAACUCAGCGCUGUUCGCAGAGAACCAGAGUUCUGUGGUGGGGUUCGAUGAGAUGUUCUGGAACAUGGGGAAAGCCAGCAUGAGGAGCUUUUUUGAUGCCCUGCACAAGACUGAGCCCAAGAGUCUGACUUUGACCAAAGAGGUGCUGAGAGAGAGAAAGCAGCUAGAGGAAACUGUGGAAGAUCUACAGAGGAAAAUCAAAGUGGCGUUAGCCAAACAGGACGAGAUCAAACAGUCCGAAGAACAGGUGAAGACGCAUGAGGCCGAGAUCGAGAGAAACAAGGACUUCAUGGUCCCACUCAAAGUCCUGAAGCCUGUUCGACAGGACAUCUCAGGAAACUACAUCACCAACUGCCAGAAGUGCCACCACACGUGCCAUUACCCAUGUGACAUUUCUGACGACAGUGCCAAGAGAGGCUGCGCCGCCAUGGAUCAGAACGGGUACUGCACGAAGUGCCCAGGAAAAUGCAUCUGGAGUGAUCAUUACAACCAGAAGUACAGAUGGGAGUACAAAGAAGUCAUUGAGAUGAAGACCGCAGAGGAGAUCAAGAAGAAGUACCUGAAGGGAACAGAGGACAAGAUGACUGUGCAGAACUUGGUCUCAAAACUGAAAGAGGAAUAUCAUCGGUUCAAGGACAACGUUACUGACAUGGUCCAGGAAGCCACUAAAUUCAUAUACCGUCUGAGUCAGAUUGCACUGAAGCCCAACCCCCUGUCCACUCCAGACUACAUCCACCUGCUCAUCGAAUCUGAGAAGAAGCAGCUUAAGCCGGGCUGGAAGCAGAGGGUGGAGGCCCUGGAGGAGGAGAAGAAGAAGGCCGAACUGCUCACACAAGUCGGCACCGGGGAGGAUAUUCUGGCCCCUGAGUGAGUUCUCGUCUCGUCCUCGUCUCGUCCUCGUCGCUCGGACUUUGAAGACUUUGAUUUUAAGUUUUAUUUUGGAUCAGGAUGUUUCGUGUUGUUGCUUUAUUGUCUGUAAAACCUUCAAAUGAAGAAUAUUAAUCUAGAGGUGAUCAUUUUGUGUCCAGGAGACGACUGAUCAUUUGUUUUGAUUUGUUGUUUUGUGAUUUUUCGUUCUUAUUCUGUAAACUCUUUGAAUCACUGUGUUGAAUUGUGCUGGACAAACUCGUGGUGAGAAAGUGGAUUUAAAGAGCCACAUGACUCGAUUCUCUCACCUGAUGUUUCCUCGUCACGUCUCAGAUGUUAAAUGUGUUUUUACUGUUUUACUGUUAAGAGCCACAGACACAGGAGUCGAG